GUCAAACUCCACAUAAGGCUUCUGAUUAACCAUGUCCUAUAAGCACCCUCAGUAUUAUGAAAAUGACCUUCAGCCAGUUCAAAUUGAUAGGGAGACGUUACUAGAAGCACUUGGACAGUUUCGUUCCGCGACCCUGCGUGGAGUGGAUCUAAUACAGGCUGGUAGCCCCCCGUUCGGAGAAUGGGACCACGGCGGCAUGUUCAGUGGCAUCCCAGGGAUUGCCCUUGCCUUUCUCCGACUCGCGCGUCAGACCGCGUCAUUAACGGAGGAAAAUGGAAGUCCGCUGCCGGAUUUUCUCAAUUUGGCCAAGCAGAGAAUCCCACCCCGAGGGCCAGAUGUACCUAUGCAUGCUGCAAUGCUCUCCCCCGUUGGAUCUUCAUCGUGCCUAACUGCAGUCGUACUGCGCAUUCUGGCGGUAACUGAAGGAGACGCGAAUGGCACUGUCUCCAAGGAUGAUAUUACCUGCCUUGAGAAGGCUGUUGGACUUGCACUUGCGAGUCCACGUAUGGUCUCUCACAGAGGUAAGACCAUGGGGUGCGAUGAAGUCCUAUAUGGUCGAGCUGGUUUGCUGUGGGCUCUUGUGAAUCUACGAGCCCAUAUGUUUGAUCAAGCCACCACGGAUGCUUUGGUUCCUAUUUUUGAGUCUGUCCCAAAGCUUGUUGAUGUUCUUAUAAACUCUGGCAGGCAAGGAUCAGAAGUUUAUAUCAAAGAGUAUGGGGAGCAAACUGCACUUCCACUGAUGUGGGAGUGGAUGGAAGGUAGAUUCGGUCUUGGAGCUGUCCAUGGAAUUACUGGCAUCCUAACCGUACUUCUUGCGUGCAGGAAUGAUGAGUUAGAUGACGGUGUUUCACGCAACUACCUCCCAUGGAUAGCAGAUACAAUCACGGGUAUUUCUAGACUUUGUAUUGCCAAUAAAGGCCAUCUUCCUAUAUCGAUCCCCCAACUCGCUUCGUCCCGCCCAUCACCACUUGUUCAGAUUUGCCAUGGGAGCCCUGCAAUUCUUGUCCUUCUUGCAUGUGCCAAAAGAGAUAACCAUUUGAGUUUCUACUUCUGGCGGCCGGAGUGGGACGAAGCCAUUCGCUUAGCCACCGAGCGUGUAUGGGAGCAGGGGCUUCUCUCGAAGGGAGGAUGUCUUUGCCACGGAAUCGCUGGCAAUGCUUGGCCACUACUAUUGCUGCAUGAUUGCUUUGAAUAUAACAAGGAACUAAGCCAGAGAGCAAAGCGUAACUACAGAGAACGGUCUCACACAACAGACGUCGCACGCGCCGCGGACAGCCUUACGGGUGACUACUUUCUCUCUAGAGCUUUGGCAUUCCUCCUCCAUGCACGGGAAACGCCCCCUUACAGUCGUCCACCCAAUUCAUCAUUGAAGGACUACCGGAUGCCGGACAGCCCCUAUUCUCUCUUCGAGGGCCUAGCAGGGACCGUGUGUGCGUGGACAGAGGCUUGUGCUGUCAUCCAAACACGACUGCGGAAGAUGGAACUGGAAGAAGAACGAGCCGGCUCCCGCACCUCUCCGGAAAAUGAUGAAGUAUUUGAAAAGCUGUCACUCCUGCAGCUGGGGUUCCCUGGUCUUGGGGGUUAUGGUCCAAACGGCUUAUUUUGAGGAUCUGCUCGUAUAUCAGAGAAUCGUAUCUGUAUACCUUACCAGUUGGGCAAUACGCGAAUAAUAGAAUAAUUUCCCGGUCCAUCGUGUCUUCAGAAGUUAAUAUAAGGGUAUUUGGGGUUAGGAUUCAUUCAUUUAGACGGGCUGCUCUCGUUGAU